AUGUCUGAGUCUGAUGAGUAUCGUAGCUCAGAUGGCGAAGAGGCAGCUACUGGGACUACCCGAGCUACCGUUGGCACACGCGCCAAAACUCGGCUGAAUGCUGCUUAUGCGACGGAUGACGGCAGCUAUACUUGGACGGCAGACUAUAAACGUUCUUGGGAUACGGUCCAAGAAGACGCAUCAGGCUCUAUUGCUGGCGUUGUUGCGUCUCUCAUUGAAUCUGGUAAACGGAAACGCUGGCUCAAGGAUGCAACGCCUGUUCAGCGUGGUAUCAUUCGGCACAUGGUACUCGUGCUAGACUUUGGCGUUUCUAUGAGCGAGCAAGACCUUCGACCCACACGACAUGAACUGAGCUUGACUUAUGCUGCGACGUUCGUGUCAGAGUACUAUGAACAGAAUCCAAUCUCACAACUCGCCAUCAUUGCCAUGUCGAAUGGUAUUGCUCAGACCAUCUCACCGCUCAGCGGCAAUCCACAAGAUCAUCUCCUUGCGUUGGCAAGCUGUAAGAAACGUGAAUGCUCUGGCAACGUGUCCCUUCAAAAUGCGCUCGAAAUGGCUCGUGCAACGCUCUAUCAUGUACCGAGCCAUGGCACGCGCGAAGUGCUCGUCAUUUUCGGUGCUCUGGUGAGUGCGGAUCCCGGUGAUAUUCACAAAACGAUUGCAUCUCUUGUCUCUGCCAAAAUUCGUGUUCGCAUUAUUGGGCUUGCGGCAUCCCUUGCUAUUUGCAGGGAGAUUGUAUCCAAAACGAGUGGUGGAUCUGUUGAAGGAUAUGGUGUUAUCUUGAAUGAGUAUCACUUCAAGGAUCUGUUAAUGGCUGCCACAACGCCUCCAGCGACUUUGGAAAAGUCAACAAAGUCUUUGAUCAUGAUUGGUUUCCCAUCACGUCUCGCGGAUGAAGGUCCAAGUCUUGUUGCGGAUGCCGAUGCACAAGCAAGUCUUUGUGCAUGCCAUGCCAGAUUGACGGUGGGUGGAUAUCGUUGUCCGCGCUGCAGUGCCAAGAUCUGUACACUGCCUGCAGAAUGCCCAGCAUGUAAGCUGACGCUGGUGCUCUCUACGCAUCUCGCCAGAUCCUAUCAUCACUUGUUCCCACUACGGAAUUGGCAAGAAGCACCUGAUUCAAGUCGGAAAGAAGACUUGGUGAAUCUCGACCACUGUUUUGCAUGCCAGCAACGCUUUCCAACAAUAACAGAAUUGACUGCGUCUCAGCCUGGAAUGAGCACUCAUCAGAGUAAUGGUCAACAAGAGCGCAGUACAUCUCGAUACGCUUGUACUUCAUGCGGUCUCUACUUUUGCAUCGAUUGCGAUUUAUUUGCGCAUGAGCAGCUGUAUGAGUGCUUUGGCUGUCAAGCGGGCUACAAGGCCAAUAAGCGGCGAUCAAGUAUCAAUGCGCGCAACGGGGCAAGUACGGCACUCGCAGGGAUAGAUGAAGAUGUAGCCAUGAUUGAAGAUUGA